GCUCGCCCGGUGCAGGGAAAGGGUGGGCAGAUCCCCAUGGCUGGUCUGGAGCCUCCGGUGGCUCGUCCUCCCUUCCUCGCCGCCCCCUCUCCCUCUCCUCGCGGUCAUUUUCCUAAUUGGACGGAGCUGUGGGGCGUGAUCGCCGGCGUCAGCUCGAGGAGCCCCCCGAAUCCGGUGGUCUUCCUUCCCCCCGACUCUCGGACCCCACCGAACCGGCCUCGGUGUUACCCCCACCCCGAGCUGCGGACUUGCUAACUCGUGCGUAGCGGGUUGUUGGUUGUUUUUUUUUUUUUUUCAACUUGCCUUUUAAGAUGACUUUUAUGGUCCCUGCAACUGCUUCCCUCCAGUCUAAACUGUAGUUUGGGAAGAUUUAAGAGGCCAGGGAGGUGCUUGUGUGGCCUUUAACUAAUCCAAAACGGUCAUUAAUGUAUCUCUACGCCCUGCGAGAUGGUUCCGGCCAGGCCAAGCAGGAGCCUGGGUGUGUUUUCACCCGGACACUGCGGAGUUCCUUCACGGUCUUAGCGGCCGGCCUGCCAGUGAGGGGACACUUGACCCGCGGGCCCAGUGCCCUAUCUUCGAAGGGCACCCUGGGCGUCUUUCUUUCCGUUCACAAUGGAAACUGUCCGCCACUGUCCACCUGAAGACGUACCUAGUCCCCGUGGAUACCUCGGAAGCUCACAAAACUCCCCCACAGGUGUGCGGGGGACUUGGUGCCGCUGGGGGUCAAUCCGGCCAGCUUUGACGCUGCCCUCUCAGGCCUUGCCUUUGUACAUGUAAAUGCCCUCCUAGCCAGCCGCCACGGGAUGGAGGGCUUCAUGGACUCAGGGACACAGACGGACGCUGUGGUGGUGCUGUCCUUGGCUCAGGCCGCUGUGCUGGGCCUGGUCUCAGAAAAUGAGCUCUUUGGAGCCACCAUAAGUGCUGAGGCCUUCUACCCAGACCUAGGGCCAGAACUGUCUGGGACAGCCAUGGGGGAGCCGGGACCACCAGGACCCGACAUCUAUCAGCUGGCCUGUAAUGGGCGGGCCCUGGAAGAGCCCCCGGAAGAGGAGGUGUUGGAAGUAGAGGCAGCCUUUGAGAAGCACACCCGGAGGAAGACACGGCCCCCUGUGCGGCUGGUACCCAAGGUCAAGUUUGAGAAGGCCGAAGAGGAAGAGGAUCAGGAAGUGUACGAAGUAUCUGUGCCUGGUGAUGACAAGGACCCGGGCCCCGCAGAGGCCCCUGCCGAGGUGGCCAGUGGUGGCUGUGAGGCCCUGGUGCAGAGCAGUGCCGUCAAGAUGAUCGACCUCAGCGCCUUCAGCCGCAAGCCCCGGACACUCCGGCACUUGCCUCGAACUCCAAGGCCAGAGCUGGACAUGGCCGCCUUCGAUCCUCCUUUCCCCGACCCGACCCGGGAUGGCUUCCCUGAGCCCAGCAUGGCACUACCGGGACCGGAGACUCUGCCCACCGAAUGUGGUUUUGAGCCGCCCCACCUGGCCCCCAUGAGCAAUCCUGAGCCUCCCACCAUGACGUCACCAGAGCUCGUCAAGCCAGAGCAGGGCUUCGUGUGGCAGGAGUCGGGCGAGUUCGAGGCAGACGCAGCAGGUUCCACGGUGGAGCGGCACAAGAAGGCGCAGCUGGACCGGCUGGACAUCAAUGUGCAGAUCGACGAUUCCUACCUGGUGGAGGCGGGUGACCGCCAGAAACGCUGGCAGUGCCGCAUGUGCGAGAAAUCCUACACGUCCAAGUACAAUCUGGUGACGCACAUCCUGGGCCACAACGGCAUCAAGCCACACUCGUGUCCACACUGCAGCAAGCUCUUCAAGCAGCCCAGCCACCUGCAGACGCACCUGCUGACACACCAGGGCACACGGCCGCACAAGUGCCAGGUGUGCCACAAGGCUUUCACUCAGACCAGCCACCUCAAACGCCACAUGCUGCUCCACUCCGAGGUCAAGCCCUACAGCUGCCACUUUUGUGGCCGUGGCUUUGCCUACCCCAGCGAGCUGAAGGCCCACGAGGUGAAGCACGAGAGUGGCCGCUGCCACGUCUGCGUGGAGUGCGGCCUAGACUUCUCCACCCUGACCCAGCUCAAGCGCCACCUGGCCUCCCACCAAGGCCCCACCCUCUACCAGUGCCUCGAGUGUGACAAGUCCUUCCACUACCGCAGCCAGCUACAGAACCACAUGCUCAAGCACCAGAACGUGCGGCCCUUCGUGUGCACCGAGUGCGGCAUGGAGUUCAGCCAGAUCCAUCACCUCAAGCAGCACUCCCUCACCCACAAGGGCGUGAAGGAGUUCAAGUGUGAGGUAUGUGGCCGAGAGUUCACCCUGCAGGCCAACAUGAAGCGCCACAUGCUGAUCCACACCAGCGUCCGGCCCUACCAGUGCCACAUCUGCUUCAAGACCUUCGUGCAGAAGCAGACGCUCAAGACCCACAUGAUUGUGCACUCGCCCGUGAAGCCAUUCAAGUGCAAGGUGUGUGGGAAGUCCUUCAACCGCAUGUACAACCUGCUGGGCCACAUGCACCUGCACGCAGGCAGCAAGCCAUUCAAGUGCCCCUACUGCUCCAGCAAGUUCAACCUCAAGGGAAACCUGAGCCGGCAUAUGAAGGUCAAGCAUGGCGUCAUGGACAUCAGCCUGGACAGCCAAGACCCCAUGAUGGAGCUGGCAGGCCCCGACCCCUCUGAACUUGACAACCGACAGGAGAUGGAGGACUUCGAGGAAAACGCCUAUACCUACACCAGUGUGAACAGCAGCACGGAGGCCAGCGCCCUCACUGAGCAGGCCAUGAAAGAGAUGGCCUACUACAAUGUGCUAUAGCGGGCCAGCCGAGUGGGCGGGGAGGGCGCAGGGGGAGACCCACGUACUGAGGGCUGCGCCUCUGCAGCCCAGAACCAAGCUACUGCCCACUGCCCAGCCCCCC